CUCCUCCCCGGCUGCCCCUCGCAACGUUUCCCUCUCUGCAUCAGAUUAUUGCUUCCUCGUCCUCCUCUUUCCUAUAAAUAACCAGCCCUCCACACACGCCCACUCCUGACUCUCUUGCCCGAUAAACACAGCCACGAUCCUGCAGUUCCGGUUCCAUUCAGCGCACGCCAUGAAGCUGGAGAUUCCGAGGAGCCAACAGGAACCGGUGCAGAACGACAAGACAGUGGCCGUCGUCACCGUUGAGCUAUGGAACCACCUGAAGCUAGCCCCCGACGUGCACCCUCUGCCGGUGUCCGGCGACGACGAGGCGGAGGCGGAGGCGGAGGGCCUGGUGCCGCCGCUCAACUUUGCCAAGGUCGACGACGGCAUCUUCCGCUCGGGCCUCCCGGACGCCGCCAACUUCCGCUUCUUGCUCUCCCUCAACCUGCGCUCCAUCGUGUACUUGUGCCCGGAGCCGUACCCGGAGGAGAACGCGAGGUUCCUCGAGCAGAACGGGAUCGAGCUUCACCAGUUCGGCAUCGAAGGGCGCAAGUUGACGGGUGGUCUGACAAUGCCGGAAACUCUGUUGCUACAGGAACCGUUUGUCUACAUCCCUGAAGAAACGAUCCGGGAGGCGCUCAAAGUUAUUCUUGACGUAAGGAACCACCCGGUGCUCAUCCACUGCAAGAGAGGCAAGCACCGGACUGGCUGCGUCGUCGGGUGCCUGAGGAAGCUGCAGAGGUGGUGCUUGUCUUCAGUCUUCGACGAGUACCUGCAUUUCGCGGCGGCGAAGGCGAGGAGCACCGACCAGAGAUUCAUGGAGCUGUUUGACGCGUCAAGCUUGAUGCAUCUGACGGCCUCACAGUAUUGACCAAAGCGAGUGGUUUCUCAUAGCCGGUCCGGAUCCUGCCACCAUGCUGCAUCUAGAAAGCUGUUUCCCCUUUUGUUUCUGAAGCAACUCGGCGGAGAAUAAUGUUAGAACUGUGAAUGUAUUCUGAAGUUUUAAAGAUCUGAGGGCCAGUUCUAAAGAUCUGUCACUCAAAAUAGUUGUAUGUGUAUUCUGAAGUUCCAAGCUAUAACAA